AUGAAAAGAGAAAACAUUGGUACUUCUAAUAGAAGAAAGUCUUUUAGAAAUAACAGACCGCCAAUAGCCACAUUUCCCAAAAUAUCUGCUAUUCCUAAAAAGCAUGCAUCCUUUGCUGAAACCAAACCCAAACCUUCGUCUCAAAAACCACCACAAAAGAAGCAGAAAACAGCUUCAGAACCACCAUCCUCACCCACUAAACCAACAGAUGUUGAUGCAACAAAAACAUCAGUAGAUGUUAGGCCAACAGUUGUUGAAAAACCAGUGGUUUCAAUAGCUGAUAGCCAAACCACUGCUUCUAUCCAUUUCAACACUCCACCAUCAACACAACUACCACCAACACCCCAAAGAUUCCAUUCACAAUCAUCUUUCUCACCUAAACCACCUUCUCCAUCAAAAACUCCUCCACCUCCCAAAUUUGCCUAUGCACACAAAAGGAAAUUUGUUGUACUAGAUGAUGAUAAGGAGAUUCCAUCACCAAUCCCCUUAUCAUCUGCUCCCGCUCAAAUCAUUCCACCUUCAUCAUCUCCACUUACAAAUCCACUUCAUCAUCUACCCACUGGUUACAUGCCAUCUUUCAUUCCAUUGGCAACUCAAUAUCCUCUAGAACUGCUUACAGUUCAACCUGAAAUGGAAUCAUUUUAUAAGAUAGAGGAUCCAUCUAAAAGAACCUUCUCAUCUCUAUAUAGCUUCAGAAAACCUUAG